CUGUUCGAUUAUUUGUAGAGCGCGUUACGAACGCUUUUUGGGUCAAAUCGCUGUCCGUACUCUGGUGAUGUCACCGCCAGCCAGUAUUUUGUAUUUCUUUGGCGGGGUUUGUGACUUCGUCCGUUUGGAUUACUUUGUAAGCGUUAACUUUCCACCUACACAAUAUGGAGCGUGGAAGGAUGAGUCGUGCAACGUUAGCAAGCAGCAGAUCAUCGGAUCUGCCUAUGCGAGUUCAAGACAGCAACAGGAUGAGUAUGGCGUAUACAACACCCAAAAGUAACAUGAAACAGCCUUCCUUUGGAAAGCUUAACAUACCCAAACCACAGUCUGUGAACUCUGAAAGGCGGACCAGCUUCUUUGGUGCACGGACUAGCGGAGCCAGCAUGCCUCGCAACAGCACCAUGUCAGGGUUUGGAGGAACCGAAAAGAUCAAAGACACCAGACCUCUGCAUGAUAAAGCCUAUGUUCAGCAAUGUAUCAGACAGCUACACGAGUUCUUGACGGAGCACGGUUACCCCGGCAUUCUGUCAGCCAAGACCCUCCAGUCUCCCUCGACCAAGGAGUUUGUGAAGGUGUUUGAGUUUGUCUAUCGCCAGCUAGACCCAACUUUUGAGAUGCCAAAUCUAAAGGUUGAGGAGGAGGUUCCAGCUAUGCUUAAAGCCCUCAGGUAUCCAUUUGUUCUCUCCAAGUCUUCAAUGUAUUCUGUUGGAGCUCCUCACACCUGGCCUCAGGCCCUUGGCGCUCUCAUGUGGCUAAUUGAGCAAGUCAAGAGCAACUGGUGUUUGAGUAAGCAGGGGCUGCUAUUCAGUGACUUCUGUGAAGACACUGAUAUCGAGGAAGGGGCUGAGUAUAACCAGCUCCUCUUGGACUACAAUGCUGAGACAUACUCCAGGUUCAUGCAGGGUGAAGACACAUUUGACGAUGUGGAUGAAUUAUUCUUCAAUAAACUAAAGAAACUUUACAACGUUGACGAAGCCUUGCUGGCCUCGAUGGAGGAGAAGUACAGAAUACUCAGCGAUGAGGUUGAACAACUGGAGAAGGAGAGCCGGACGGACCGUCUAAUGACCAAGAGGGAGGAAAAGCUACAGCUGCAGGCCGACCUCAAGAAACUCCAGAGUUUUAAAAGCAGCCUGGAGUCCCAUAAAGCCAACCUGGAGAACAGAGAUUCAGAACUGAGGGAUGAGCUGGAGACCACGGGCAGUCAACUGGAGACUCUAAAACAUCAGCAAAAUAAACUUCAACACCUCCUGCAGAACCAGAAGUUUACUCCAGCUGAUGUUGAGAGGAUCAACCGAGAGAAGCGAGAACUCCAACAGACCAUCUCCAGUCUCAGCAAGUCUCUUGAAGAGGCUGAACAGCACAAGUGGAAUGAGGAGAUCGCUCUGGCCAAAGUGAAUGAAAAGGCAGCGUUGAAGGUAGCAGAGUACAACAAACUGGCCCGUAAACUGAAGCUGAUACCACUGUCUGCAGAGAACGCCGGCGGUCAUGACUUUGAGAUCAGGCCGUGUGAAUAUGGACCCGGCAGCAUGGUUCAGAAUAAAACCCAGAGACAGAUGCUCUUGAGAAAGCUGGUCAGUGACGUGGAGGAGGAGAACAGUCGAUUGGCCAACAUGAAACUCAGUCUAGAGGAGUCUUGUGAACAGGUGAAUUCUAACAUCUUGGACAAGUCCAAUGACCUGAAGCACCUGAGGGAGCAGAUUCGCAAGCUGGACGAACUGUUGGAUUUUAACAUGCAGGAGCUGGCCAAAGAGGAACAGGAAUGGUUAGCAGAGGAGGAGUCAGUGGAGAACCAUCGUAAGCUUCUUGAGAAGAAGGUUAAUUUUGGAUACGAUGAGUCUGUACAACAACUGAAGGCAGCACAACAACAGUACCACCUAGUGCUGCAGGAGACCAAUGAGGAGAGACGAACAGUAGCCAACAAUCUUGCGUCUAUAUUUACCACAGCUACUAACCACUUAUCAAUCACAGAGAAAUGCCUGGAGGAUCUGCACGUCAGAGUGAAGCGGAUCUGCUCUAAGGCUGUGGAAGAGGAUGAAGCUGCUGUAGAGAAGCUGCGGGAAACUUUGAAGAACUUCAGGUCCAAGGCAAACAGUUUGUAGAGUGAAGGAGGAGGAUAGAGGUCUACAGGUCUGCAGGGGCAGAUCAUUUCAGAGAAUAUGGAAUUGUAGGGGAGUUUUCCCUCUCAUUUGUGUCUUUAGUUUGUUUCCAUCUUUAAGAAAAGAAACUUAAUUUCAUGUUUGAAGAAUUUACACGUUUUUUGUGUCAUGUUAUAUCACUGUAUACACUUCUGUUUUUUCAUUAAAGAACAUUACAUGUAAAACCCUCCAGUUUCUAUAAAGAAAGUCACCAGAGGAAAAAGGCUAGAAAUGUGUUUUUUUACUUUGUAACACUGAAAUAGUGAUAAUAAGUGAUACUUACCAAAAAAAGAAAUGUUUUUUUUAAGUUGUAGUCAAUAUAUUGUUGUAAACGUCGUCAUUAGUGUUAGUACUGUAAGAUAUGUCAUCAGUCUUUCCCCACCGUGGUCUGACUGCACCUCAUCAGAUAGUAGUUGUACCGAAGCCACUAGAAGGCAGCACACGCCUGGUUCAGGUUGCUGUACAUUCACAUUUUCCUCUAGGAGAUAGUUUUUUUUCUUUUUUUUACUUCUGAACUGUUGGUUAACGUUGCAGUUUCUACAAUAGCUACUUGGUUUCAUUAAGUAUUCAAACAUUAACAAAACCUUUUUGAUCAAAGUAAGCACCAAAUGAAAUGAAUCUCAUGAUUGCAGUAGUAGUCUACAGCAGACCAUACCACUAAUUAUUAAUCAAGUAAAUACUAAUUACUCCUAACUAGCUCUGUGGCUGAAGUCAAGACAUUAUCCCAAAAUUUAAUCAACUUCAUACUUACACAGCUACAAAUUGCUAAUUUUAAGCUGUUUAUUUAAUUUGGUCUGAAAUACUGUUUGGUUGUUAUACAGUCUUGAUAAACCAGAUGUGUUUUGGACACCUUUACUGUGCUUAUUUAAUAUUUGUAUUCUACUAACCCAAUCUGUGACUUUAUGAAUUUGACUUCAGUUAUGUCUUGGUUGAGGUAAACGCUGGUUACCAAUGAAAUAGCAGGCAUAGUU